AUGACUGUUAUUAUCGGAUCACUAUUCUUGCCCUACACCGUCCAAUUCGAGGUCGGUGCCACCGAUGCCAUCGCCCAGCCACACGUGCCAAAGGGUCCCCAUGAACCUGCUCCAGUAGCCGCCAAACUGGCGCCAUCCAGCUCGAUCCUUCCAUCCCUCAGCAUUGCCAAUUCACGACAACAGACGCCCCUCGCUGCGUCGCCUGGCCCCGAGUACAAGCCCGAAGCGUCAGCAGACGCCCAGGACUUCUUUUACAAAAACCAUCGGUUCAAGAAGCAGACAGACACGCCACUAGCUGAUGGUAUUGCUGACAAGUUGGGACCCCACUACAUCCAGCCACGAGCUCGCUACAACAAUGGCGUGCCACCCAGCUCGGUGGUGGACCCAAAAAACAAGGACGACGGCUCAGGACUACUCGGAUUGAAGAUGAAUCGCUCCACCAACAACUUGGCAGGGUUGGCAGGCUCCCACACCAACCUUGCGGCACUCAGCCAUGCGUCCACAAAUAGAACAAGAUCCUCGUUGAGCAAACCCCACCCAGGAUUGACCUUGCAUACCAACAGCAGCACCAGCUCGUUGGCAGUGGCCGAGGAAGACGACCACCAGGCAUCAAACCCCAGCUGGAACAACGAAUACGCAUCCGACGUCAAGUUGGCUCCGUUUGGCGGGUUCUCCAAUCCAGGCGAUUUGCUUGACCAACCAAACAUCUUCGAAACCGCUCCCUGGACGAUCAAGUUCUCCCACAAGGGUAACGUUUCCACCACCAAGGCAGUCAAGUUGUCGGCCGAGCACAACAUCGUAAAGUCGAGGAAAUGGGUCGGAACCAUCUCCAUGCCCAGCGACGAAGUGCCCGAUCACAUCAGAAACGACAUCGCUGGCGAGUUGAGAAAAGGCUACAAUAGCGAAGCCGUCUUCCCCAACGACGCCACAUUCCAGGGCCACUACAACUCCUUCUGUAAGCAGAUAUUGUGGCCCACAUUCCACUACCAGAUUCCUGACGACCCCAAAUCUAAGGCCUUUGAAGACCAUUCGUGGGGCCACUACCAGUUGUUGAAUCAAUUGGUCGCAGACAAGAUCGUGGAGGUGUAUCUUCGGGAAAAUGGAAACGCCAACCCCGAGGACCCAGAAAACAUGAUCUGGAUCCAUGACUACCACCUUCUUUUGGUGCCUUUGAUGGUCAGACAGAAGUUACCAGAGGUCAAGAUUGGCCUUUUCCUCCAUGUCUCCUUCCCAUCCUCGGAAGUUUUCCGCUGUUUUGCUCAAAGAACAGAAAUCUUAAAGGGAAUGUUGGGUGCCAAUUGCAUUUCAUUCCAAACCGAUGAAUACGUCAGACACUUCUUGCAGACCUGUAACCGUCUUCUUUUGGCAGAUGUCAACGAUUUGGGAAUUACCUACGAGGGAAAUUUCACUAUGACUAACACAAUCCCAGUCGGUAUUGAUUCCAAUUCUAUCAUUGAGAUGGUACAAUCAGAAAGUGUCACCGAAUGGAGGCAACUCAUCAAAGAAAGAUGGCCAGAUCAGAAUUUAAUCGUCAGCAGAGAUAAAUUGGACAAAUUAAGAGGUAUAAAACAAAAACUUUUAGCAUACGAGAAAUUUUUGAAUUCAAAUCCCGAGUAUAUCGAUACGACUGUGUUGAUUGAAAUUUGCAUUGGAUCCAGUCAUGAUCCUCACUACGAAAGCGAAAUCAUGCAAAUAGUUGCUAGAAUCAAUUCCUUACCCGAAAACAUCUCAGUUUCUCAGCCUGUUGUAUUACUACAGAAGGAUAUUGAGUUCGAGCAAUAUCUCGCAUUGCAAUGUGAAGCUGAUGUCUUCGUUGUCUCAUCUAUGAGAGAGGGUUUGAACUUGACAAGUCAUGAAUUCAUUACUGCAACCAGCGAGAAAAAGUCUCCGUUGAUUUUAUCUGAAUUCACAGGUUCCUCCCAAUUACUUGAUUGCGGCGGACAUGGGGCUUUAUUGAUCAACCCAUGGGAUAUCAAGACCUUUUCAGAAACGUUUAAGAAGCUGUUGACAAUGGACAAGAAAGAAAAGGAGACUAGAUGGACCAAGUGCAACGAUAUUGUGAAAACGCAAGAUUCAAUGAAUUGGGUUGCCUCGUGCUUGCAAAGCAUAAAUGAAUCAUAUGAUUUGAACAAGAGAACAAAUCUUAACAAAUUGAAGCCUUUCAACACCGAUGUAUUUGGCCACUUUUAUAGACAAGGAAAGGAGAAAAAUAGAUUGUUCUUCUUGAACUUUGAGACUGCUGCUACCACCCUCUCAGUUGGCGACAAGAAGCCCACAACAAACUCAAUUACUACUGCCAAGAGUGCGUAUACAGAACCAUCUCGACUCAUCUCCUUGUUGAAUGGUUUAUUAGAGGAUCCAAAGAACAAGGUUUACAUCAUUAGUUUCCUCAAGAGAACAGAUCUCGAUAGACUUUACAGAACUUACCCAAAUUUGGGAUUAAUAGCAGAAAAUGGUGGUUACAUCAAGGUCAUAGGCUCGCAAAAGUGGAUUUCCAUGGUCGAUGAAACAGAAAUUCAGGGAUGGAUCGCUCAAGUUACCCAGUUGGUAGAGUCCAAGGUUGAGAGAUUGCCAGGUUCGCAUUGUGAGGUGGAAGAUUGCACUGUGAGAUUCCACACUGGCAAGUCUUUCAUCGAGGAUCGUGAAAGGACCCUCGAUGCCAUGGGUGAUUGCAUCCAGCAUGUCAACGAUGUGUUCCAAGACUCCGACGGGGUUCAUGCAUCAUUGAUCAGAGAUGUGGUGAUUAUUCAGCAGAACCAGUUGGCCUUGAAGGCUCUCAAGUUUAUCAACGACUACUACUCACAGGACAACAGUGGCGUUGACGCAGAGCAGUUGAUUCAGAACUUCCAAGUGAAGGGAUUAGCGGGUGCCGCUACAAACACCCCAAUCAGGUCGAAAUCAAUUGAUAUUUCAAGUCUAGGCGAACUGGCCACGUCUACUUCCACCUCCGAGGGCUUGAAUUCCAUUUUCGUGGCUGGUGCCACCACCUUGCUUGACGAACCAAGUUACGAGUUUGUCAAUAGACUUAAAGAAAAUGGACUGAUUCAAACGGUGUCAACCGUAGCCAUUUUGGGAGACGAGUCUGACGUGAGGACUUCUGCAAACUUCGGAGUCAAUGGUAUAAACGAAUUAUUGAGGGUAUUAUCUGAAGCUAAGUCUAUAGUUUAG